UUUAAAUUCCCCCCAAAGAAAGGGAAUUCGUGUAAAACCUGAUCUUAAUAUUCUAGAUCCCCGGAACUUUUGGCCAUCAAUCUUAUCGGCCAGUGUAAAUACACUUGUUCAUUUAGCGCGGUCCAAUACCAUUCACGGGAGAAGUCCUCGCGAUUUAUCACACAGUUUGGCCACCAUGUAGUAUUGCUUGAUAAAUCACAUGGUCUGUAUCCCACUUUGUACGUUGAAGGAAGAACAUAGAUAUCGAAGCAGCCGUUCAAUGAUGGAUUUGUGAUGGAUAAACGGAUUUUAUAUAUUUAGCUGUGCUAUUUCUUCGAGUGUCAUGGCGGAAAAAUCCAAACUUCGAUAUACCGAAAUAGACGGUGUAGAGACAACUGACAUUGAAAAUUUUCCUUACUCCGCCAUCAAAGCCCUGGGGGCAGUGCAGAUCGGUCUGGGGGUCACGUGCUUGGUGCUGGGACUGCUGGACAUCUUUCUGUAUCUGUUCCUUGACGAUGACGUUGUAAUGGCGGGAGACCCCACGCUGAUGACCCUCACUAUUGCCUCCUCCCCUAUCUGGUGUGGCCUAUGGUUCAGCGUCACUGGGUGUAUGGCAGCCUGCAUGAAUAAAAGAAAUAAGUCCAAUUUGAACUACUUUAAAAUGACCUUUCUAGUGCUUAGCAUCCUUUGUUCCGCGUUGUUUGGCCCUGUUUGUUGCAUCAUGAACAUCGCCAUGGCCGUACUGCGCCAUGAUUUGGAUCCCGCCUCUUAUCGCUGGAUGGUACCCAUUUUGAUUGCCUUCUUCUCCUUCAAUGAGUUGGUAUUCGCCAUUGCUUCUGCCUCCAUCUGUUGUUGCUGUGCUCCAAUCAGGACUACGCAGAUUAGAGUAGUAAUGGCCAGACAGGUGACUGACUCUAACAAAAUGAAUUCUGUUGGGGCCUCAGGGAGGGAAAAAAGCAGCGACUCUUUAGAAAUAUUUACAACCACGGACCGACAUGGCAAUCCCCUAAAGGUGCCCCCGGCGAAUGACACGAAAGAGGACAUUAAGAAUGGGGAUUCACCAAAGGUCGUCAUUCCUCCAAAAGCCUCGAGCAAAAAGCCACACGAAGAGAAUGAUUAUCGACCCUACACCAAGGAGUCCAGUUACGAUAAAAUGAAGCGGCUAGUGUUGCCUAGCUCGUCCUUCCCCCGGACGGAGGAGAUCGAACCACGAGAACAGUUCUGACGUUCAUUUCUAAAUGUCAUAUCUGUUUAAGAUUAUGUUAUUUAUUAUUAUGAUGCUGUUGCUUAUUGUAUUUAAUCUGUGUGCUCACUGCUCAGACUGUGAUCUAUAUAUCCGUCCGAAUGAAGUACUAUUGAAUGUUUUUUAAACAUACAACUGAUCACAUAUGUUUAGGAAUUUCAUUUAUAUAUAUCCAGUUGAACCUCAGUAUCUCAACAUCGAUAUCUCGAAUACCAUGGAUAUGCUGAAGUGAGUUGGAUGUCCUAAAUACAUUUUCUUUUUGUAUUUUAACCUUAUUAUCUCGAAUCCUCGGAUGUCUUGAAGGUUUUUUUUUCCCAUCGACCCUAUCACUUUGGAGAUAACGAGGUUUGACUGUAUUUACGUAUUCUGUGAUCAGUUUUGUUUAUUUCAGUAAUGUGUUGAGUGCAAGCAGUUCUUCAAAGUGAUUAUAUUUGAUACCAGUAAAUGAAUAAGAAUCUAUUUAGUUUUUUACUUGGAUAAAUUUUCUAAUCGCUGAUUUUUUUUACUGAAUAUUCCAUGACUGCCACUUUUUGAGCAUUACAAUACAUUUUGUAUGGAAAUGUGUAUAAAUACAAGUGUAUUGCAUGAAAACCGUAAAUACAUAUAUUUUGUGAUAAUUAUAUGUACAUGUUAUCGUUUUAAAGAUCGUUUGACAUUUUUCUCCUCACCUCAUGAAGGGAUAUAUCAAAAUAUCUAUAAUCAAUAAUUAAUAAACGAUUUACACGUUCUUCUUUAA